GACACCCAGGCCCACGCUUGCUCACCCGAACCAGCAACCGUAGGGCCUCUUUACGACAGCAGGCACCCUGCCUUCUUCCUCCGCUGCUUGACGAUUCGGAUCACGGGCGCAGAUUGCUGUAGAUACCCCUCGUGCUCGCUCCCUUGGUUGCCCUUCUGUUCCCUGCCCCCCCUCUGCGAAGACGGAGAGAGAAGAGGAUGGGCAACUGCGGUGCAAAGACGGCAGUAGGGAAGCAACAAGACACGGAAGAUGCGUUGCCGUCGGAGCUGACGUUCAGGAAGAAGGCGGAGCUCCAGGACGUGCUGGACGCGGACGGCAUCGCCAGGGAGGAGGGAGAUGCGUGGUUGGUGGUAGAGGCGGCGUGGGUCCAGAGAUGGCUGGCCUAUGUGCAGGGGGACGACUCGGCCAGGAAGCCCGGCCCGAUACAGAACGAAACGCUCCUGGUCCACGACCCGGCCUCCAAGGCGUGGGUGCCCAAGCCCCUGCUGCGCGCCGCGCAGAGAGAGCACAUGGGUCACUACCGCAGGGUUAACCCGCACGUCUGGAAGAAGUGGGCGGGGACCUACCGCGGCAGCGGUCCUGCAAUCUGGGUGGACAAGGAGCCGUUCGAAGACACGUCCAACUGGCAGGUCGACCCUGCCUUUGACGGCGUGUCGAAGGGCCGAAGCGGGCGCGGGUUCGGCGGUACCCAAGGGGGGGAGGGCUGGGAGAAGACAGGGUUGGCCCCAGGGCAGCCGGUCGUCGCCCAGAGCCUAGGGAUAGGAGAGAUGGAGGACGAAGGGGUCGGCGAAGAGACGACCGCGCAGGCAGCAGCCUUCUUUGACGUCGCGCUUGACUCUCCCAGAGUGUCGGCUUCCGGGGGGGGCGCAGUAUCCGGAGGCGGCGGCGGCGGCGUAAUCGCUUCCUCCCCCGCCGCGGCGUUAGCCGGCAACAGAGGGGCGGGGGGGCGGCCGGUCAGGGACCCGCGCAGUACAAGCAGCGGCGGCGGCGGCGGCGGCGACAAGCUUGACAGGGAAUCCACCGCCGCGGAGAUAUGGAUGUACGGUGACGACGCUGCUACGGGCCCGGCUNGGGGGGGGGGGGGGGGGGGGUGUACUCAUAGUCGUGCAUGCCGUAGUCGUUAGACCAUCGACCUCGCAUCCCUCCGAAGCCGGGACAGAGCACGCCAGGUUCUCGCCGGGCUGUACAGUAGCUUACCGGCGUUGUGAGCACACGAAGGGUCCAGUACGCGGCGUGUACGGGCGAAGAAACGCACGGUCCCGGACUGCGUUGAUUCGAGGCCGACGGGUGGGUGUGAUGUGCGGAGAGCGCUUGCUGGGUGGAGGGGGAAGAAGACAAGCCUCCUCCCGCUGGUCGUGGAUGGGCGGCGCCUUACGAUGGGUGCCGAAGCCGGCCAGCCUACUGUGCUGCGUCAAAAGGUGUCGAGAUUUUUGACCGACCGAGUCCCAUGAGUUGCUGAAGCGCUCUUUUCCGUCGUUGAGCGCUCGGUUUUGGUUGUACUAGAAAGCGGUAGGCAGGCAGAGGGAAUGAGCAAUAAAAGGAGACAUGUGGCCGCUUGUCUUUUGUACCCGAUCACGCAGGGCUAUCGCUGAAGAGCGGCGUAAACCAAUGUAUUUUUGGGUCUCAUACUUUGCUCUUGUCGUGGGCUCUUCGCGAGUCUGUGGCCGAUCAUGUAAGGGCUGUAGCUUAGAGGAAGGCAAACCUUCUGAUUAUGCCUCCGGUCGCUGUACGUAUGGCGGGACGUUUCAGUGGCGGAAGCCCUGAAUCUGUGUUAAUGAACUUACUAUUUGUGGGUAUUUUAAAGCCUGAGCAUAGGUGCAACGUAAGGUCUUCGUGGGUAGUGUUCAAACCUCUGCUUUUUAGUGGAUAUCUGAAAAGACUCAGGCGUAAGUUAAAAGGUUUUGUUUCAUUUUUUGUGUGGCUGCUUUGAAGCUCCACUCAGUGUUGAAUUGAAGGAAGGGUUGGUUUUGUUCUGACACCUUUUUCAUGCGUGCCGCGUUAUUUUUAUCUCAGGCGUAAAUGGAAAGUUUUACGUGCCAGUUUUCCUUGUUUGUCGGUUAGGUCAUGAGGAGUGUCUCUGCCACAUGUCGUCUCUUUCCCCUUUCAUUUUUCUCCUUGAAGUUGUCUAUCAUGACGUCAUGAUUUUUGGUCGUGAAUCGUAAAACAUAGAGAAGCAGGUUUUGCUGUUGUUUUCUAUGCUGACGGGGAAAUUCAUAUCGUCCCCUGUUUGUUCGCUUGGUGUGCGUUUGAUGUGUUGCCUCGCGGCUAGAGGGACGGUUGUCUGUCAUGCCAUCGUCCGUGUCGUAACGAAGCCAUCCAGGCCAAUCAAAGCUCCCAUGUCGCGGUGCCCAAGAGCCUGUCGGAGACGCUCACUCGUAGCAUAGCAUGAUGGGUGGAUACCGGGCCGACAUCUGCGGAGACUAUCUGCGGUCGUCCGAUCGUUUCCUUUUUUGGGUAUGAAUUUUCUUCCGUUUCUGUUUGGGUUCCCUUGUGCACGUUGGUUGUCUAACACUCCUUUCUUUUUUUUUUCAAUUGCAAGUUGGGUUCUCAGUCCAGAACCGACGAAUGUUUUUGUAUGUGAUGUGACAUAAAUGUUUAAAACUUAUUACUUAUGAAACAACAAAUUUAGUUCCU